AUCUCUCGAAAAAAGGAACCGGCUAAGUCUCUUGCAUAAAUCUGAAUUGCACCCAAAUAUGAAUUUUGACAAAUUUGAACAACUAACAAAAGCAUCAAGUGAGUCCCCUGAAUCUGUGAAAAAAUGGGCUGAAUCUUUUGACCAGCUGAUUUCUCACAAAGCUGGCUUAGAUGCAUUCAUCAAGUUUUUGAGAAGUGAGUUUAGUGAAGAGAACAUUGAGUUUUGGAUGGCAUGCGAAGAGUAUAAGAAAAGCAAAGAUGCUUCCCAACUCCCACUCAAAGCAAAGACAAUUUAUGAGACAUUCAUUGAAAGAGAAUCACCAAAAGAGGUCAACCUUGAUUUUAAUACCAAAGCCUCUGUAAAUCAGAAUAUGGCUCAUCCAACGCUCAACACAUUUGAUGCUGCACAGAACAAGAUUUAUGCCCUGAUGGAACAAGACAGUUAUCCGCGCUUCUUGAAGUCUAACCUUUACUUAGACUUCCUCCAUGGCAGACCUUUAGGCUGCUCAGCUCUUCGACGGAGAUCACGUUCUUUUACCUUCAAUGACUUCAAAGGUGCCCAGCCAGAUUUUGCUGUCUGGCUGUAAAAGUUAAUUUCCUUUCGACCCCCAUCUUCAUGCCAAUGAAGGGGCAUCAUUGCCUCAAAUACUUUAGAUAGGGGAAGUUAUCAUAGAACCCACAGAAUUGUUUCUAUUUUAUUUUUAUCUUGUUUACUUGAUGAUCAAAUCCAAAGGUUUCAUUUUCUUUUAUUGCAUGGAUGGUCAAGAUUUUUUUUACUCUCAGAUACUCUUUAUUAAAUAAGGCCUUUCUGAGCUGCAAAAAUUUGGAUGACCAUUAAAGAGCAACAAAGAAUUAGUUUUAUAUCUCUUCACUGCAAUCUAGUGAUCAUCUGUAUUUCUGCAAUCCAUGUAUAGUGCACCUAAUAAUGUGAAGGCCAAAUCCGUAAUAAACAGUAGCACAUUUAACAAUAAUGGCUAUGGAUAUGCACACUCAUAAAUAGAAAUAUGUUUAUUGUGUACAAAACCUAAAUACAAUACGUGGCAUUAAAGCAGGGAAAUCCUGCCUCUUACAGUGUGGGAAUGAUUUUUUGUAAGAACAUCAGAUAGCAUUAUUCAUCCAGCAUUAGAACUACCAGUUUGCUUUCUUUAUAUUCUGUGAAGCCGUAUAUCACAUUUUGAGACAUGGCAAAGUGUGAAAAUAUUCAGGCUCAACAUUAUGCUUCCUAAUGUGAAAGAGUGAAGGGAUAACAUUCAACAAUUUAGAAAGAAUAAACACAUUCUCAGAAGUUUGGUUUUAAAUGUGACCUAGAAAAGCAUUGAAUAAAUUGAGGAACAAGAAGUACAUAUGCCUGGGAUAAAUUCUUCAGAAAUUCAGUUUGGUGUAAUAGUAAAGGCAUCAGGCCAGAACCUGAAAAACCACAAGUUCUAAUCGUGUUGAAGCAUGAAACCUGUUGGGUAAUCUGGGACCAGUAACUGCCUCUCAGUUCUAGGAAGCAGACAACAGUAAAUCAUGUCUGAAAACCUUCCCAAGAAGCCUGGAGGGACCUUAUCCAGGCAGUUAUAAGGAGUCAAUUCUGACUUGACGGUACACACACAACCAAAAACAAUAAACCUUACAGAAUGUAGGGGAAUUGGUGCCUGACUAAAUCUUCUUAGGAUAAUGUAAUUAAAAAACAAAGAGGGCACAGAAUUGUCAUAUUUUCCCUUUCCUGUGAAACCACGAUCAGAAAUCUUUUUUAACGUAGGUAUAAAAUUGUAAGAGAGGACCGAUAAUUCAGAAGAAAAAAAAAGAAUAUUUAAAAACUGUUCAAAUCUGCUGUCAAGGAUACAAACCCAGGAUUUCACAAAGUACAAGUGAUGGAUUGCCAUGGGAACCGGGUACUUAGAGCAGUGUUUCUCAACCUAAGCUAUGCUGGCUGGGGGAAUUCUGGGAGUUGAAGUCCACAGGACUGAAAGUCGCCAAGGUUGAGAAACACUGACUUAGAGGACUCUUUGUUAGAAUUAGGCCAUCUGAGAAACCUCUGAUUAGGAGUAAAGGAAUAGACUAACCUAGAAAAUGCAGUGUUCCCUUCCCAAGGAUAUGCCUAAAGAUAAUCCAUAUAACUGUAUGUAUGAUGAGAGAGGAUGUAUACGAAGUCAGAGAAAGAGGCGGAAUGUUGAGUUUGAGAAUUCUGUAAGAAUCUGCCUUAAAAUCUUAUGCGGGCUACUGUACUUUACUUUUCUGUUAAAAUCUGCACCAUUUGUAUGUUCAGUGUGUACAUUUGUAAAUAAAGAACAGUGUGACAUUCUGAGAAGACUUUUGUUAUCUCUUUCCAAACAAGAGAGAAACAUGGAUACCCAUCAUAUAUGGCUAUAUCAGGGCUCAAACCAGUAGGAAAAGUGUAUCGGUACAGUGCAGGCCCAGUUUUAAAAGAUUCCUAUUUGUUUAACUACGUAGUUUAAGGCUUCCACAAAUCUAUAAUGCUUUCCCUCCCAGAAAAGUAAAUGUGGACCAUUUGCUUGCACCCUCAAAAGAAAAUUAGCAAGUUUAUUCUGUUGCGGAGGUUAGAAUAACCUAAAGUUUAUUUCUUUUCCUUAUGCUACAGUUUUAAAGAUCUGGUUCAGGGAACUUUAACCUCUUUGCUUUAUAUUACCACCAAUUACCUCCACCUGACCGAUUAGAUCCCACAGAUUAGGCCUCCUCCGAAUUCCAUCCGCCGGCCAGU